UUAAAAUUUUACAAUGGCGUACAUACUUCAACUUCCGUUGGCAGCGUUGCUAAGAGACAACUUCAAAUAAAACGAUUCCAUGGCAACCGAUAACAAACGAUUGAAGUUUUACAGCAGCCGAGUUGUACAAAGAAAAUAAUCGACCGGUUUUUAAUACCGUCAUGGCUUUACCGUUUCUACCCGGAAAUUCUUUCAAUAAACAACUGGGGAAGGAGAGAUUCCACAAGUCCCAACAUUUUGACUAUUCCAAUGGAGUCCCGAUGCUGGUGGGAUCGGAGAAGCCAGGCAUCGGAGGAGAGCUUUUAGUCGGCCAGAAGAUUAAAGCAAAAUAUUCUGUCUACCCCAAAGGACAAGGCAGUGAUUCACCAUCAUGGGUAGCCUUUGACAAACAGGCUUUGUGUUUUGAGGCGUACUUUCAGGAAGCUGUGCCUGAGGCACGGGAUGAGACGUACAGAAUCAGAAAGUGUAACAUCUUCUUCUUCCUGGAAGAUGAUACCAUACAGGUGGUGGAGCCAGAGUACAAGAACAGUGGCAUCCCUCAAGGAACACUGAUUCGCCGCCACCGCAUCCCACUGCCUCCCCCAGAUGAUGACCAGUUCUACAACAUUUCCCAUUUCAACCUCAACCAACAGAUGGUGCUGUACUCCCGCACGUUCACUGUGACCAGCUGUGACUCUUUUACAAGGAACUUUCUCACAAAGCUCGGGGUGCACCUAAAUGACCCCACAACUGUACCCGAUGACCCCUACAGCAACCUCCGGGAGCAGGCUGAGAAAAAUAUGAAGCCACUGCGGCCGUACGAGAGGCGUGACACGCUGAAACAGUUCCUGGACCACGACCGCAAAGUCCUGCGCUUCUACUGCUUCUGGGACGCCACAGAGAGCACGUUCGGCGACCCUCGGGAGCUCAUACUGCACUACUACCUGGCCGAUGACACCAUCGAGAUCCGAGAGGUGAUCACCCCAAACUCUGGGAGGGACAGCAUCCCCAAAUUCUUGCGCCGCAGCAAACUGCCUAAGCACCCUGCGGCCCAGGUCAAGCAGCCCGGACAGACCGCAGAGCGCACUGUGCUCAACGUGUUUUCCUCCCCGAAUCAAGGGAAAUGCUUCAUACUGGACAGCAUCAAAACAGGAGCUGUCCAGGAGGAGUUUUAUAAGGACUGUGAUCUGACCGUAGGCGGGGAGAUGAAUGUGUUUGGCAGGAGAGUCAUCAUCGCCGACUGUGACGACUUCACCAGAGACUACUACCGCUCCAAAUACGGCAUAGAGGACUUCACCCCAGUGCAGUACAAAGCUUCCCCAGCCCCUAAGCCCCAGAGGCUUGUGCCCCCCUACAAUGGCUUCGGCUCAGAAGAGGAUUCGCUAAGCUCCUGCCAGGGCCUGCUGCCCAAGCCCCCACAGAAAGACUUCAAAAAAUUUAUGGCGAAAGACAGAUGUGGCCUAGACAGCAAUGUGCUCAGUUUCCGAGCCAAGAUGGUGACCACCGAUCCGGUCGACAGAGAGAGGGUGUUCAUCAUCUCCUUCUACCUCUGUGAUGACUCCAUCAGUGUGUUUGAACACCCCCAGAAGAACUCAGGUGUGCUUAGUGGUAAGUUUCUGGAGCGCGGCCGUGUGAAGAAGCCAGGCCAGGAGCUGUUCAAGAGCGAGCUGUCCCAGUACUUCAAAGCUCAGGAUCUGUACGUGGGAGCGACUCUCUGCAUCAACAACAAGAACUUCCGACUUCUGGAUGCUGAUGAAUACACCCUCCGUUACAUGGAGAAACAUGCUGAGGAGUUCCCCAAAGCCAACAUAGGAAACAUCUUCAGUAAACUACGCUCCAUCCCGGAGGAGGGACAGAGUGAGAUCAGGAAGUUUCUGACUCUCAGUGACCCCAGCAACACUGGCCUCAUCCCCUACGAGGCGUUCAGGAGUCUGCUGACGGGCCUGGACUGCAGACUGUCGGAGCACGAGGUGCUGGUGCUGGGCCGGCGUUUCUCACGGCGGGAGCAGCCCGAGGUGGACGUGGGCCUGAUGCUGGCCGUGGCCCAGGACCUCCUCAAAAAGAAGCACUUUGAAGAACUCCCCGACAUGACCAGAGCCUUCACUUACCACGACCGACACAAAACUGGACGUCUCUCCGCCAAAGAGACAAGGACCAUCUGUAAGGCCUUCCGACUCCCCCUGCCUGAGAACCUGCUCGGAGGUCUGCUCGACAAGUUUGCAGAUGGAGAUGAGAUUGACUACCACGCCCUCCUUGCUGGCAUUAACUGGAUGGAGCACCCCGCUCCCCCAGUAAUGGCCGAAGACAUCUUAAAGUUUGAUGUGAGCGCGAGGUUCGACGCCGGCGAGGCUGCGGUGAAAAACAUCAACUACUCUGCUCUCCUGGAGGACGUAUUCUGCUUUCCCUCCAACCGCGGUGACCCGACAGCCGGCACCGCUACAGAGACACACGGUGGGAGGUGAAACGUUGCCCCACAGACCUACACCACAAACACAACCCCGCUCCUUAAUUAAAGAACACGACGCAUCAGCUGAACCGGCGUGUGUGCGUUUUCAUGUUGUGUCAAGGUGGAGAUGUGUGACACUGCGUGUGUGUGUGUGUGUGUGUGUGAAUAAUUAGAAAGUUUGUUUUCCUGUGUAUGAAUAAUUUGGCAGUAAUGGCGUGCUCUGGUGUCAGUUAUCACGAAGCGGGAAGCGCUGUGAGAACACAGAUGCUUUUUUGAUGUGUGCUUGUGUGUGAGUGUGUUUACACGAGUUGGUGGGAAUCCUUCGGAGACACGAGGCAGCAAAGCAGAACCACAUUUCAGGUCUGGCCAGCAAGCGCUCGCACAGUAUGAUCACAGAGCAUUACACUGUGUACUCCUAUGUUGAUGAUGAGGUGGGGGUGUGGGGGGGCGGGGGGGGGGGGGGGGGGGGGGGGGGUUGCCCUUGGAGUAAUUGAUGUGUGGUUUAUGUUGACUCUACACUGGCUACAUCCACCUACAAGACAGAAGCCAUCAACAUUGUCAGCCCGCAGCUGUGGAAACUAUAGAUGAUCUGCAAAGGAGUCCAAAAGCCAGAGUGUGUAUAUCCAGGCUGCACAGGCCUCAUGUGUUUAUCAUCAGGGCUCAUUCUCACAUGUUACACUGGAAAAGAGAAAAGAAUGGAGCUAUUUUAUGUCCUUUCUUUUUUCCCUUUUCUAUCAUUACUCCUCAGCACCUGUUUCAGAUACAGCAUCAUCGGCUCAUUGUGGAUGAUAGUUGUUAUUGUCUGUUGUCUGUUUGUCAGCAGGAUUACGUAAAAAGGACUGAACCAAUUUGCACCGAACUCGGUGGAGGGCCGGGGCCGGGGCCAGGGAAGAACUAAUUAAAGUUUAAGGCAGAUCUGGAUCUUUAA